GUCUCUUAAAUAUUUUUAAUCAUUUUAUGAAACACCUUGUUUUCCAUUCCAUAUACGCUGUCAGAGUUGAUUGAAUGAAUUUUUGACAUUUUUUCCAUUUUCUGUGUAGAUUUUUCUCAAACCGAAGAGACACACACUCAGAAUGUUCCGUCUUGCUGCCAGUCAAGUUUACAACGCUGCACGUAGCUCCAUUGGUGUCACUGCCCGUGUAGGUGCUGUGCGUGCUGCCCACGGUCAUGAAAUCCCUGCCGAAGAAUUCGACAAGCGUUAUGAAGAUUACUUCAACCGCUCCGACAUCGAUGGCUGGGAGGUACGCAAGGGCAUGAACGAUUUGUUGGGUAUGGAUUUGGUACCAGCUCCCAAAAUUGUCGAUGCUGGUUUGAAAGCCUGCCGUCGUGUUAACGACAUUGCCUUGGCCAUCAGAUGGUUGGAAGGUGUUAAGGAUAAGUGCGGUGACAAAACCGAUGAAAUCUAUCCUUACAUCAUCAACAAUGUACGCCCCACUCUCACCGAAUUGGGCAUUCCCACUCCCGAAGAGUUGAACUAUGAUAAACCCGAAUUGGCCCUUAAAUCUGUGUUCGAUAUGUAAAGAAAAAAUUCCUUUGUAUUUAACAGAAACAUCAGCGAUAAGCAAAAUUGUGAAGUGUGAGAGGCGAUUGUCAUUUAGACAUAAUUAGUUAAAUAAAUUAUGUAAAAAAACAAAACAAAAAACAUCUUGUGAAGACGCCACAAACAAAUAAAAGUAUUCAUAAGAUAUUUACAAAAAAA